AUGGCAACUCCUCUAGAAACCGUCGAGUCCUUCGUGGAAGGCGCACCGCCUGGCGAGCUAGCAGAUGUAAUCAACGACAUCAAAGCCCUAACCAUCAACGAGCCCGACAUCGUCUCCCAGCUAGGCCCGGCCUUCGAGAAGUACAACGAAGAGCAGUUCGUCACCGCCAAACUGCCCGGAAGCAGCCAGCAGGUCAUCAUCAGCUCGCACAGUUCACUGGGCGGCGGACGAUACUUCGACGUCGAGAGCUCUUCGAGCUUCGCCUUCGACCACGCUACCCAGAAGGCGAGCGGCGUGCAAAGCUACGCGUUGGAAGGCACUCAGGCAGACUUGGUGAAAUCGACGUUGAAGAGCCUGUCGACGUACGUCAAGGAGCAUUUCCCGAACGCAUCGUACGGCGCCUAUCCCAUCGAGAACGACUCCAAAGUGGCCGUCAUAAUCGUGGCCAACAAAUAUAGCCCGAAUAACUUCUGGAACGGACGAUGGCGUUCCCUCUACAUCUUCGACCCGGCCUCCAGCAGUCUCGGAGGCAGCAUCAAGGUCGACGUGCACUACUACGAGGACGGGAACGUGCGGUUAUUAACCAACAAGCCCAUCUCCGGCUCCGUCUCGUCAGGCACGGGUGCGGGAAUUGCCAAGGAUAUCGCCGCGGCGGAGAGGAAGUACCAGGAAGAGCUCAACAAAGGAUUCACGAGCCUAAGCGAAGGUGCGUUCAAGGGUCUGCGAAGACAACUUCCCGUGACGAGGCAGAAGAUCGAAUGGGACAAAGUCGCCAGCUACCGGGUGGGCCAGGACAUCGGAGGCGGUAGCUCGAGAAGAUAG